AUGGAGAACGACCGAGAUUUUGCUCUUCCCGAUGGUGCCGAGGGCAAUGCUGACUCAACCUUUGCCCAGUACAAUACGCCUAAGCACACUGAGCUUUUGGCUGGUGUUCGACUACCGGCCAUCGACAUGUCUAGUUUCGAGCUGAACCCGUCUACUACUCAGAUGUUGGGCAAUAAUGCUUUCCGGGGUAGGCCGAACAAAGACCUGAACGCACAUCUAACUCGCUUUAAGAUGAUGUGUCGUUCUAUCAAGAGAGAUAACAGGGUGACAGAGAAUACACUUCGAUUGAUUGCUUUCCCCUGGACUCUCUUGGAUGCUGCUUUGGAAUGGUGUUACGAUCUGACACCCGAUUCCAUCCACACCUGGGAACAGCUGGAAGUGCAGUUUAUGUCAAAUAUUUUUCCAGCUCACCGCACUCAAGCAACUCUUUCUAGCAUUCAUUCGUUCAAGCAGGAUCAUGGGGAAAGUCUUUAUAAAGCUUGGAAGAGGUACAAAGGAUAUCAGAAGUCUUGCCCUCAUCACGGGCUUGAUAAGAACUACUUGAUCAACACCUUCUUCCGAGGACUCAGAAUGGAUACCAAGACUUUGAUCCGAGCUUCGUGUGGUGGGAGCAUCCAGAACAAGUCAUUCGCUGAGCUAGAAAAUCAUAUUGAGAUGAUGGCCCAAGAUGAAGACGCCCCGAGCGAGUACUCUAGAGAUCCGCCAAGGGAAUGCAAUGAUCAGACCAUACAGAUGGUUCUUGAACAAUUGGCUGUCCUAAAUGCUAAGCUCGAAGAUUCCAACCGACCCUGUAGGACCAAGCAUUUGAUGGCAACACAAGAGGAGCUUGGUAUGUACGCGUUGGAUGAGAGAGGCGAAGGUGUGAACUACGUGGCCAAUAACUCCUACUCGAACACGUACAAUCCAGGGUGGAAAAAUCAUCCCAAUCUCUCCUACAAGUCAAACAAUGUGGAGAAUCCCGUGCCGAACAACUUCAGAGCAUCCGACGACUCGAACCAGAGGAUUCCUCCCAGUAAUGAAUCCAACCCUGAUAUGCACACUUUGCUUAUACAGUUUAUACAGAAUCAGGAAAAGACAAAUCAGGAAUUUCGAGCUCAGUUCGCAAGCAUUGAUGCUCACUUAAAGAUCAUAGACAACCAUAUCGCUCAGCUAGCAUCAGCCUCUCAAAGAACAUCCGGAUCUCUUCUAGGUAAACCUGAGACUAACCCCCGUGAACAUGUCAAUGCGAUUACUUUGAGAAGUGGUAAGCAAAUAAAAGCUGAAGAUCGUGUUGGUUGGAUGUUCCGUGAUAUGACAUUUUGA